GACAAUCCCCGCGUGCCCCUGGUCCCUCCAGGCAGCCACUCCCCUAGAGCCCCUGGGCCCUCCCCGCGGCCACGCCCCGCGCGAUCCCGGCCCCGCGGCCCAGACCGCGCCCAGCCUCAUCCUGUCCCGCCGGCAUCGGUCGCGCGGCUCCUUGUCCCGCCUUCGACGACUUCCCCGGGUCCAGAGGCCUCCCAGUGCGCCCCCGGGAGCCACCAUGCAGCCCUCGCAAGGGGGCUCCGCGCUGCCCAUUGCGGCCUGCCAAGAGGGGGAGCGGCGCCGGCGCUAUGAGACCCUCUUCCAGAGGCUGGACCGGAACGGCGAUGGUGUAGUGGACAUCCACGAGCUGCACGAGGAGCUGGAGAAGCUGCGCGUGCCCCUGGGCCAGGAGGCCGAGCAGACACUUUUUAAUAGUGGUGAUAUCAACAAAGAUGGGAAGCUGAGUUUUGAAGAAUUUGUGAAGUACCUCAAAGAUCAUGAGAUAAAAAUGAAAUUGGCGUUUAAUACUUUGGACAAAAAUAAUGAUGGAAAAAUUGAUGCUUCAGAAAUUGUCCAGUCUCUCCAAAUACUAGGUCUAACUAUUUCAGAAGAGCAAGCAAAGUUAAUUCUUCGAAGCAUUGAUUCUGAUGGGACAAUGUCAAUAGACUGGGAUGAAUGGAUGAAUUACUUCUUAUUUAACCCUGUUUCAGACAUAGAGGGAAUCAUACAUUUUUGGAAACAUUCUACAGGUAUUGACAUCGGAGAAAGUCUUGCUAUUCCAGAUGAAUUCACUGAAGAUGAAAAGAAGUCAGGACAGUGGUGGAGACAGCUUUUGGCAGGAGGUGUGGCCGGUGCUGUCUCUAGAACAUCCACUGCCCCUUUGGAUCGGCUCAAAGUCAUGAUGCAGGUCCAUGGUUCAAAGUCACAGAAAAUGAAUGUAUAUGAUGGCUUUCGACAGAUGGUGAGAGAAGGAGGUUUCCUUUCCCUUUGGAGGGGAAAUGGUACAAAUGUCCUUAAAAUUGCUCCUGAGACAGCUGUUAAGUUCUGGGCAUAUGAACAGUAUAAGAAGUUGCUUACAGAGGAAGGACAGAAAAUAGGAACCUUUGAGAGAUUUGUUUCAGGUUCCAUGGCUGGAGCAACAGCACAGACUUUUAUUUAUCCUUUGGAGGUUAUGAAAACAAGACUAGCUGUAAGCAAAACUGGACAAUACUCUGGAAUAUUUGAUUGUGCCAAGAAGACUUUGAAGCGUGAAGGCAUAGGAGCUUUUUAUAAAGGUUAUAUCCCCAACUUAUUAGGCAUCAUACCUUACGCAGGUAUAGAUCUUACUGUCUAUGAGCUCUUGAAGACCCAUUGGCUUGAUAAUUUUGCCAAAGACUCUGUGAAUCCCGGGGUGGUGGUGUUGCUGGGCUGUGGGGCCUUAUCCAGCACCUGUGGGCAGCUGGCCAGCUACCCACUGUCUCUGGUGAGAACGCGCAUGCAGGCUCAGGCUAUGGUGGAAGGAGCCCCUCAGCUGAACAUGGUCGGCCUUUUUCGACGGAUAGUUUCCAAAGAAGGAGUAGCAGGCCUUUACCGAGGCAUCGCCCCGAACUUCAUGAAGGUGCUUCCUGCUGUAGGCAUCAGUUAUGUGGUUUAUGAAAAUAUGAAACAGACUUUAGGAGUGACCCAGAAAUGACAUGUUGAAUAUUUUUCUUUAGAACAACUAUUGAAAUUUUCAAUAAAAUCUAAAGUGGCAGAAUUGCAGCAAGUCUACAACAAAGAAUCAUAUUUUCUAUUUUUACAAAAGAAAAAAAUCUGCUCUGAUUAUUUCAAACAUUUGAACUUAGUUUUAUAGAAGAGAAAUGUUAAAAAAAAGUCUUUAAAAUAUUUUUAAAUGUUUUGAUAAAGUUUUGAAAAGGCCAGACAGUUUUAUUUUAGUGCAUCUUGUAAGUCCUUUCUACAAAUGUCCACCUUAAAUUGUAAAACUGAAAAUGUUCCUGUUUGAACUUAAUUUGUUUUGUGCAGCAGAAUUAUAAAUAUGGUUCCUUUGGUUGGUUCAAGUUUAAGCAAGUUCAUUUAUACUUUUUUUUUCACCUUGUUUGCUUUUGGUCCAAACCUGGAAGUGCUUGGUGCUUGCUCCUGACUCUGUGCUCAAGGAUCAUUCCUGGCUGGGCUCUGGGGCCCAUUUGUGGUACUGGGGAUUGGACCUGGGUCAGCCUUGUGCAAGGAAAGCAUUCCACCUGCUGUAGUACAGCUCUGGACCUUGUUUUUUUCUUAAAAAGAAAGUGAUUAGUCAAAUCUUUUUUUUUGCUUUUUUAAUUUUUCGUUUUCCUUUUGUGAUUAGUCAAAUCUUGAAACAAAUUGAUUCUUGUAUUUUGAUUGCUUUUGUAGAUUUAUUAAAAUUCCUCUUGGAAUCAUUAAUUAAGCAAAACUUAUUGCAUAAAAAUGUACCUGACAGAAUUUAAGUUUGUAUAGGCAUUUUUUCCUUGUUUUUCUUUUAGAAAAAUUAUUAUUAUUUUUAUUUGUUUGUUUUCUGUCACACCUGGUGAUGCUCAGAGGUUAUUACUGGCUUUGCACUCAGGAAUUACUCUUGGUUGUGCUCGGGGAACCAUAUGGGAUGCCAGGGAUUGAACCCUGGUCAGCCACAUGCAAGGCAAAUCCCCUAUCCGCUGUACUAUCACUCUGAUACCAAUCUUUGUCUUUCUUUAGGCUGAAUACGAAUGAAUUUAAGUGACCCACAUCUUAACUUCAGAUACUGUUGGUUCUUUUCCCCUGUGGAGAAGACUAUUCUUUUUCUUGAACAUGUCUCUCUCUCUUUCUUCAUUUUCCCAUUUAUUUCUAUAUGUAAAUAAAAUUAUUUUACUUUACUUAAGAAAAAAUAAAGAAUAAAUGGAAGUGGCAGUGGCAGAAUUAUGCUCAAAGCAUUUGAAUGCCCUGGUCUUUUCAUAUCACUUUGGUGUAAGGAGAACUGAUGAGAAAAUUAUUUUAAUGAAUACUUUUUCAUGUGAACUGUGCUGAGAUGCAGCUAACCUAGGGUGGCACAUUGCUUGUCAGUGUAUUACUACUAAAUGAUUAAUACAAGUCAUUUGAAGGAGUGUCUGUAUUCUGUCAUUGGUUUGAAAAACAUUAAUAAUAAAUAAAACCCUUUGUCUUUUGUUUCCUGCUACUUGAACCAGAUUCCUUUUUAAUCAGGAAGGCUCUGGGGACUAUUUUUAGAAAUCUGUAAUUUCUUAAUUGUACAAUAUGGAUUGAUCAUGGAUGAAAAACAUCACACUUCCCUUACACUGUUGAAUUUCUUUGAACUUGCAGUUCUUAAUUUGGACAGCAUAUAAAACUAGGGGAUUAGUACACGUUAAUAGUAGUAUUAAUCUUCCAUACUAGGUAUCUAUAUUUAAAUUAAAUAUAUAUGAAAUCAUAGUUUUUCUUGCCCCGUUUUGGAAGUUGUGAUAGAGAAAACUUAAUUUGUAAUAUUAAUUGUAUACUUUAAACAUUUUACUUAAAUCGUUUUUAUUAAUCAACUGUCUUUUAUGAUUUGUACAUAUAGAACUUAGAAAAAUAUUUAUUAGAUGAAGUUGCUUUUACUGCUUUUUACUUUAGUUCCUUAAACUUGUUUGAUGUAUGAUCAUUUCUGGUAAAUUACAACCUUUUAAUGAAGGUCUAGGAAUAUAGCUAUUGCUAUAUUUGAACCUACCUCUUUUUUUUCUGAACCAAAGAGAAAGCAUGGAUUUGCAUUUGUGAAACGUAUUACAAAACAUAGUUUAAUUUUAUUUGCUGUGUAUGAUAAAUGUAUUUUAUAACUUCUGAUAGGCAUAGAAUUCUUCAAGGUAUUUUUUGUACUUUUGAAUACAUAAAGACAAUAUUAAGGUACAUGAUUAGCUCUUUUUAAUAAAAGUAUGGAAUGAAUAAAAUUUUCAAGCUAC